GGUUUUUCUAAGUCAUGAAGUUGCCAGAUUGAGCUGGAAUUUGAUAUCCUGCCGGCUCAGCCUCCCAGAGUACUGGGAUCUCAGAUUUGGACGCAGCAGUGGCAGCAGGAAGUUCUAAUCGUGGCUUCCAGUGGCAUGGGUUCUAGCUUCUGCACUGAGAUUUUAUCUGUUCCUGUUGUAGCACCGGGAUUGGAUUUCCAGUUGGCUUCUCUUAGCUUAGUUCGUUCCUGGGUCUGCAGGGUGUAUCUUCCCUUGCUUAGGACUCCUCGUACCACACCAUUCCUGGAUUUUAAGCGGGGUAUCUCAGAGAACCUCCGUAGCUGCUGCUAUCUAUCUGCCAUGUUCUUCUGGACUACUGAGACUCUGGCACCACACUACCCCAAGCCACUGGGCCUGCAGAACCAAUGGCCCUCCUCUGCCUGCUCAGAACUCUGCAGUUCCAGACAAGUUGGGCCUCAGGGACACUGUGCGCCCACCUCCCCCUUGGAAGCUCCACAGCUCUCCAAUCGCAGCCGGGAUGUGGAGGCAGAUGUAGACACCUCAAACACACCUCUCCAGUUCACUGCACCUGGAAGCCUGGAGGGACCCAAACAGUCUGGGCUCUGGGCAGAGUGCACAGAUCACUCACCACAGGCUGCAGGGCCUCCAGAACCCGCGAUGCUCCACUGCCUGCCAAGACAUCCACAGUCCUCCAGACACACAGGGAGGCUGAUGCAGGCACCCCAGAUCCGCCCAGCCCCUCCUCUGCACACCGACGGCUAGGCGCGGCAGUCCGAAACAGGCUGGGCUCCAGGGAUAGUGUGGGCCUGCCCACUCAUUGGAAGCUCAGCAGUUCUCCAAGUGCAGCUGGGAUGGGGAGGCGGAUGUAGAGGCCUCAAACCCACUUCUCCACUUCACUGCACCUGGAAGCCUGGAGGGUCCGGAACAGUCUGAGAUUUGGGCAGAGUGCGCUGAGCAUCUGAGAUUUGGGCAGAGUGCGCUGAGCACUCACCACAGGCUGGGGUGCCUCAGGAACCUGCGAUCCCUCCCUGCUUGCUGAGAUAUCCAUGGUCCUCCAGACACAUGGGGAGGCUGAUGCAGGCACCCCAGAUCCGCCCAGCCCCUCCUCUGCACCGAUAAGGUACAUCUUAGUGACUGUCAAGACAGCUCUCAUUGGAGAGUGUUUCUAUCACUGUAUGCCUGUACAUAUGAUUCCAAUUCUUUGGAAUCACAAGUAAUUCAUCCUAAAGUGUCCCAGAGCAAGUAUGUGUUAAAGUGUAAUCUAAAUCCACUGUUAAGAUUUAGAUCUACAUUUUUGUUGUUCAAAAUUAUGUAUUUAUAACAUCUAUUUAGUGUCUGUACUUAAUUACUUUUGAGUAUAUACUCUUGCCUAUGUAUAAGUAAUCUGACCUUUUAAAAAACUUGUGGCUCCAUGCAAAUUUUUAUUUCAAUUUAAGAACUUUCUCACUAUCAAUAAUGUCAAAAUAAACAAUAUUUACUGAGCAUUCCUGAGGCAGCAGGAACUAAAAUAUGACCUGCAUCAAAGGUAGAAAGUGGUGGUAAACAGUGAGUGCACAGGGGCUGGAGGUUUAGCUCAGUGGCAUAAGCGCUUGCCUUCCAAGCAGGCAGUCGUGAGUUCGAUUCCCGGUACCGAUAAAAAGGAAAAAGACAAAAAACAAAACAAAACAAAACAAUGAGUGCACUGAGGGCCUGGAAUUUAGCCCAGUGGCCUAAUCGCCUGUCUGGUCACGAGUUUGAUCCCCAGUACACAGAGAAGAAAAAAAAAAAAAAAAAAGAAUGAAUGCAUUAGAAUCUAGAAAUCUUGGUUUAUAGUCUCACUUUAUGACUUAAUAAUGUCACCUUAAGCAAGAUAUCAGCUGUGUUUCAGUGGAUUAUGUUAUAAAAUCAUGAUAAAGAAUUAUAGGGUAUUUCAGAUUCAAAUAAUGAAAUAAUAUGUCAGAUUACUCCCCCUACUGAAAUAAUUAAAAACCAGGCAAAAUUUAUGAACUAUAAAUUUUAAGACAGCAAACAUCAAAUAUCCAAGAUCGAAAGUUAUUCCCUGAAUAUGUGAAACCAAGAAUGUGAGCUCUAUAAUGACCCCAGUUAAUUGUGAUGAGGAAAUUUCUGUGUAUUGGCACAAAGAAUGGGAAUUUCAGGGCGAGUUCUUCAGGUUUUCUGAGUUGUGAAGAGGGGACACACUGGGAAAACACACUGGCUACUGUGUUCUUGGUGGAGAAGGCUGUAAAGGGAAUGACCUCUAGUAGUAUGCAGUAGUAGUCCUUUGAGAGAGCACUAAUCAUCACAUGCUUGUAAAGACAUUUGUGAGAAUAGGGAAAGAAUUAUCUGAAAAAAUUAAAAAAAAAAUUCCUUGCACUUAUGCAAGAAUGGAUAUAGUACAAGGUCUAGCAAUUAGCUAGAGUAUAAAAGCUGCAAAUUUAUAGGACAUUGGAAAUGAGACAAUGUCCAGAAAGUAAUUAGUAGUAAGCUUUACUAUUUGGAUAUUGUUAUUCCUAAACUAAAUAUUCUAUGGAUUUACUUAAUUAAUUACAAAAACAAGAUCAUAAAGGAUCAAACCAUUCCUAGGUAAUUUCACUCUCUUCCAGAAUAAAACUGAGGGAUAUUUACAGUAAUACAAAAACAUUUAGCCCUUGAAGUGAGAAGUUAUAGCCCAUGCUAGACAUGCAGUCAACAAGUUGGAGGCAUUAAAGAGGUAGGAAGAAAAAUAAAUUAGUUGAAAGUGAUUCAGAACUGGCACACAUAUUUGGAUUGAGAUAAAUACAGUAUGAGAGUUCCCAUAAAUUAAAAAAAGCAUAAGUAGAAAAAAUGUCUUAAAAACCCAAAGUAGACAUUUAUAAAUGAAAAUUAUCCUGCCUGAGAUGAAAAAUACAAUGGACAGAUUGGACAUAGUGGUACAUGGUUGUAAUCCUUGCACUUGAAAGGCUGAGGCAGGGAAAUCUCAAAUUCAAGGCCAGGCAGUGUUAUGUAGUAAAAACCUGUAUCAAGAAUUUAAAACAAAGAAAAAUUUUAAAAGAUGCCAGAUGGGAUUAAUGGCAACUUGAACACUGCAGAAUUGUUAGAAAA